AAAUCUGGGGCUCGUUUUUAAAUAAACAAAAAAAAAAUUGCCGGGCGUUCUUUGUGCCUACGAAAAUAGUACAAUAGAGAUAAUUUGCUUCGUCAUAAUAAAAAAAAAAUGUUAUGAGAAAAAAAUUACGUUUGAUCACGGUAUAUUUGUCGAAUUUAAUUGUUUUUUUUUUAUUAUUUACGAGACAACUACGCAAAGUUUGGUACUCAACAUAUUCAGUACAUGCUGAAAAUUGGUGCUCGUUACACGAAAUAAAAUUCGCGUCGCCAUGUUUUAUCUUGAAAAACGUCAUUAUCAUUGAAAAAAUAUUUUAUCAAUGAAUUUAGCAAUCAAUGAGCAAGCAAUAAGUGCAAUAAAAGUGACAAAUUUAGGUGUGUCAUACUUUUCGAAGAGUAUUUGACGAAUUCCAAGCAUUUACCUUCGUAAUUUCCAUCAAUUAACAUCAAUUUUGCUCAGAAUCUUUGAUGAAACGAGAUUUUUUCGCGGCAGUAUUGAACUGAAAUUAAUUAAAGUCACAAGAAAAAAUGAAAUUUUUAACAAUAUUUACCAUUGUGAGUCUCUUCACUGCCAAAACUCUCUCAAAUCCCGAUAACAGUUCGAAUGAAUUGCCUUUGUACGACAACUAUGACGACGAAUAUUACGACGAAACACAAAAACCUCCGGAAAUCUUGCCAUCAACAACAUCUUCAACGACAGAAUUCGCAACAACCCAAGACGAAGAGAUCCGAAUUCACGUCGCUGGGGCAUUAGGUGCCUUCAAGAACAAUCCAAAGCGCGAUCAGAUGAUGCAAAAGUUGCUGCAUGAACGCGUCGACGGAGAUGAAGUGCCCUCGGAUUGCUCUCAGUACAAGAUGCUGAAAUCGCAACCAGCUGUCUUGCCCGUAGUAACUGUGCCAAAAUGCUGUAAGAUGGGCGAGAAUUAUUACAUGAACGACACGUCGAGAGGUUGUGACGAGGGAGAUGUGCCGCUCGAUUUUGAACUGAUCCAUGCCGUUUUUUAUGAUGGAUGCAUCGAGGAUCAAGAGUUGAAUAUGAGUUAUAAGAUUGAGUUGAGGGCGCCGUGUGCGGGUGGCAUGCUCUACAGCGAAGUGUACAACGACUUCCUUUACGUUCUUUCCAAUGGAUCUCUCCUUCGUGUCUCAAACGAUUGGCAAUCUUACGACAUUUUCGACGACUAUUGCUUGGAUAUGGCGAACGACAACAAUUCCUGGAUCCUCAGCGCUAUUUCGUGUCAUGAUGUGUACGGCGGAGUGAUUCGAGUAUCAGAAAUUCAAGGAGUUAUUUGUGCUGUUUUGAUGAUGAUUUCCGUUCCUUGCCUCGUCAUGGUAGCGCUAAUUUACUUUUUCAUCCCGAAUUUGAACGAUUUGCAUGGAAAAGCGUUGGCUCUGCAUUCCAUCUGUCUCGCCAUGGGAUUUUUAAUGCUGGCAUUGAUUGAAUUUACGAGUUUUCGCGAAGGCAUAACGGGAUAUUUCGUGCAAUAUUUCAUGUUGGCUGCCUUUUUCUGGAUGUUAUUGAUGGUUAUGGACAAUGCGGUUGAAGUUUGGCAUUAUUUGCCUCACGGAAUGGAAAUGACGCCCGCUAAAGAGUGUUGUCGGUUAUUUUCUUAUUUUCUUUUGGCACAUGGAUUGCCUGUAAUUUUCGUCUUGCUCACGUGGUACGAAGGAUAUCCCGGUUUGCCGUCAUAUUACUUCCGAGCGAACGAUGCAGGCGAAAUGGCUUCACAGAAAUUCUUCAUUCCCGUCGUUACGGUAAUCGUUUGUGCUUCGUUCGUCAUUGCCAUUAUCACGGAAUGGGGUUAUGCGAAAUUAACGGACCUCAAUGAUUUGUCGAUAAUGAACACAAUUGCGAAAAAAUUGAGUCGACAAUCAUCUCGCACGUCACGAACGACGUUACAGCGACAAAUUUCGGAAAAAGUUCGGAAUUUAGAUCCCGCGAGAAUCGAAAAAGUUUCAACAAUGAAGAGAAGCACGAAUAUUUUGCUUGCAGUCAUCAUUAUUUUAUGGAUUUGCGAAAUUUGUUCGUUUUAUUUCACGUCAUCGCGUAUCAGUCCGAUUUUAUUUUUGGAUAUUUUGAAUGCCUUGCAAGGAGUUUUCAUCUUUAUGUUGUUCGUUUUGCUACCAGGACCCUUGAAUAUCAUAAGAAAGUACUUUAAAGAAACAUAUCGCAUGAAAGAUGAGACUCGUGAAAGGGAAUUACCUGAAAAUCGAGAGCCUCUGAUGACAACUGAACUACAAGAGGCACCGCCAGUUGUUUAAAUGAGACAAAUUUCAAAUAAAAAUAAUGUUUAAGUAAUUUUUAAAAAAUAAAAAUAAUUAGAGCUUAAUGAAAAAUAAUUCUUUUUUUAAAUAAUUAAUGUUUUAAUUUUUUAACAAUUUAUAUUCAUAUUUUUUAAUAUUUAUUGUUUAAGUUUAAUUUUUCUUUGAAUUUUUGAGCUUUAUGUAAAUUUUUUUCUUAACUUAAUUUCUGGCUCAAAAAAAAAAAUUUUUUUAAUUUUUUUUUUUGCUCAAUUAAAAUUAUUUAAUUUUUUUUUUU